AUGUCUAGAUCACACAGUAGGAUCCAGUCGACUAACUCUAUCUCUGGUUUUGUACAGUAUGAUGAGAAAAGAGCUUGGAUCGUAGAGGAUGACUUUCAGCCUUCCAGACAAGGCAGCUCACGCCAAAGGACAUUAGUGUACCUGCUUCUUCUCUCCGAGGCAAUCAUGGCGGCAUCUCUCUCGGCACAAAUACCAUUGCUUAUUGAUGCUUCUUCAUCUGCUUGUUCGGAUUACAGCUCAUCCUAUAUCAGAAGUCUUCUGGAGUGCGCAUACUUCUUUGGAAGCACAUGCAGUGUCUUCUGGGGCUUGGCAGCAGACAAGGCUGGACGAAAGACGACAGCCAUGCUUGGUCUCUGUGGCACAUUAGCGUGCUGUCUGUUCAUGGGCUUUGCUACUAGCCUCCCCGGGUGGGUCACUUUGCGUUUUCUGGCUGGAUGCAUGGGUUCUGCAGUCUUUACGGCUGCUCUUGCGAUGCUUGCCGACCUAAGUAUGGCAUCCAACAAAGCUCUGCAGACUGUGUCUCGCUUGCCUCUCAUAUCUGUUUGUGGAGGCAUUGGUCCACUUUUGCAGUCUAUCGUCAGGCAAAUUGGCGAGCAUGCACCCGCUGGAAUCUGGUCUCAGUGGCCUGCUCUAAAUGGUCAAAUCGCGUGUGCUAGCCUGAUUUUGGUCAUCUUUCUGCUCGAGGCUAUCUGCUUGCACGAGACCUUGGACCGUCAUGUUGCAGUCAACCGCAAGAGCGAAGAGACAACCUUGCUUGGGCACACAGCUGAUGACAGCGAGGCAUUGUUGUCUGUAUCUGUCGUGGAUUCCGACGAACAAUCCUCAAGAAUCUGUAUUGACGACUUUCUGCAAGCGCCCUCCUUCUUAACCCUUCUGGCUUCCUUUUCUAUUCUAUCUCUGCACUCAUCGACAUUUGAGGUGCUGCUUCCGCAUCUUGCUGACUCGCCUGCCAACAUGGGUGGUAUGGGUCUUCCUUGCGGUCUUCUGAACACGAUUAUCACUAUUGUCAAGAUCGUGGCUGCUAUGGGAGUAUUUUACGCUCUUCCAAAGUUCGCGGCCAAAGUUUCUGUUUUGUCAACCUAUCGUCAGAUCUCUAUCGCCUUUCCUGGUAUCUACGUGUUGAUUCCGUUCUUCGCCAUGCUUGCUACAGUAUCUGGGGCACCGGGAUCCUCAUGGGCUGUAUUCAGCACAGUGGCUGUGGUCGCCAAAGAAUUGUGUUCAGAACUGGCGAUGGUAUUGGCCAUCUUACUUGCGUUCUCUGCAGCCCCAAAUGCGGCGUCGGCUGGUACCAGCAUAGGCCUUCUCGGCCUCUCUAAUCUNUUUAAGGCGCUCGCGGUUGGCGUGAGUGGUCUGAGCUACUAUCUUUCGGACGCAUACUCAGUAGUCGCUAUCAAUGCGACUCUGUGGGCAUUGUUGGCUGUGUUGGCAUUUACUGGAUCAUGUAUCAACUGGAGACUGAGAGAGGCUCCUCUUGUUGGACAGGACAUCCCAGCUGAAUUGUUGAAGUGGAGCAGUGUGUUUGAUGCCGAGUCGGACUCUGAGACUGAAGUGUAG